CUCCUCCGUGCAAACAUGGCACAGGUAGACGGCAGGACGGCCGCUCAGCCCGCCAAGCCUCCCGGCAUCCCCGGCUCUACGGCGGUGAAGGAGAUCCCCGAAAUACUGGUGGAUCCCCGCAGUCGCCGGCGUUACCUCCGCGGCCGCUUCCUGGGCAAGGGGGGCUUCGCCAAGUGCUACGAGAUUACCGACCUGGCCAGCCGGGAGGUGUACGCCGGGAAGAUCGUCCCCAAGUCCAUGCUACUCAAACCGCACCAGAAGGACAAGAUGACCAUGGAGAUCGCCAUCCAGCGCAGCCUCUCGCACAAGAACGUGGUCGGCUUCCAUGGCUUCUUCGAGGAUAAUGACUUCGUCUAUGAUUCUGGGUCCUUACUGGAGCUGCACAAGAGGAGAAAAGCUGUGACUGAACCAGAAGCUCGCUAUUACCUGCGACAGACCAUCCUGGGCUGCCAGUAUCUGCACGGCAAUAAAGUUAUCCAUAGAGAUCUCAAACUUGGCAACCUGUUCCUCAACGAUGACAUGGAUGUGAAAAUAGGUGACUUUGGACUUGCUACAAAAGUAGAAUUUGAUGGGGAGAGAAAAAAAACCCUGUGUGGGACACCCAACUACAUUGCACCGGAAGUGUUGGGCAAGAAGGGCCACAGUUUUGAAGUGGACAUCUGGUCUUUAGGAUGCAUAAUGUACACACUACUGGUUGGGAAGCCUCCCUUUGAGACGUCAUGCCUUAAGGAAACCUACAUAAGGAUCAAGAAGAAUGAUUACAGUAUUCCCAGGCACAUAAACCCCGUAGCGGGAGCUCUCAUACAGAGGAUGCUCCGUUCAGACCCCACCACCAGACCCACCAUAGAUGAGUUAUUGAAUGAUGAGUUCUUCACCAGUGGCUACAUCCCCUCCCGCCUCCCUACUACAUGCUUGACAGUGCCUCCUCGAUUCUCCAUUGCACCGAGCACCAUUGAUCCAAGCUUUAGAAAACCACUUACUGCAAUUAACAAAGGCCAGGAUUCUCCAUUGGUUGAAAAGAAUGUAGCACCAGUAAAGGAUGAAGAUAUGGCCCCUCCAGAGUCCGAGCCUGCCGAUUGUUACCUGUCUGAUAUGAUGCUACAACUGACCAGUCUCAAUGCUGCUAAGCCCUCCGAGAAGCCUGUGAUCCGCCUAGAUGAGGCUGAGGAUCCAGCCUGCAAUCCAAUCUUCUGGGUCAGCAAAUGGGUGGAUUAUUCUGACAAGUACGGACUAGGAUAUCAGCUGUGUGAUAACAGUGUAGGCGUUCUCUUCAACGACUCCACACGGCUCAUAAUGUACAACGAUGGAGACAGUUUACAGUACAUUGAGAGGAAUAAUACAGAGUCUUACCUGAAUGUACGCUCUUACCCAUCGUCACUGACAAAGAAGAUCACACUACUGAAAUACUUCAGGAACUACAUGAGCGAGCACCUUCUGAAAGCAGGUGCCAACAUCACUCCCCGGGACGGUGAUGAGCUGGCUCGCCUCCCUUUCCUGCGGACAUGGUUUAGGACACGAAGUGCAAUCAUCCUACAUCUGAGCAAUGGAACUGUUCAGAUUAACUUCUUCCAGGAUCACACAAAGAUCAUUUUGUGUCCCCUUAUGGCUGCUGUCUCUUACAUUGAUGAGAAACGGGAAUUCCACACAUACAAGUUGAGCCUUAUAGAAGAGUUUGGCUGCUCAAAGGAGCUAGCGAGCCGAUUGCGUUAUGCCCGCACCAUGGUGGAGAAACUGCAAAACUCAAAGUCUGGUGCAAUACACAUAAAGGCCCCGGUGUAGCUGGACUACAGAAAUAUGGCCGCAGUCUUCCUGAAUGGGAGGGCUUCGUGCCAGCCUCCGUGGCUGCAGAUGGUUUUAUUUCUGAGCCAAGAAGUGGCGUUUGACUAUGGUUAUGUAACGUUCAAGAUUGUACAGUUCUUAUCCCCCCGCACUGACCAAUAGUGCUGCUUGGGGACUUUCUUACUAGCAAGCUGGUAUCAUGACUCCUCUUUUGUCUUAAGCAAGAGCCUGUUCUGUCUGUCACUUCUUCUUAAUGUUGUCAGGUUUUAAUGUAAAAUAUCAACUUUAUAACU